UCAUUAAUUUGUUGGGAUAAAUUUAUAUUUAUAGGAGGGGAGUGAGUGAAUAGUAAAACGCCAUGUGGUGAUCCCAGUCACCAAGUUCCUCCUUUAUAUAUAGAGUCUCGAAGAGCAUGUUUGCUACCUUGUUCGAACAUAUAGAUUUGAGGAAUUUCCAAAAAAAUAGGGUUCAGGUUAAACUGGGGUUUGGGGAGAAUGUCGGAGAACGAUAGUAGCGAGAGUGAUUGGGAUACAGAAAUGGACCCUGAAGAAGAAAAGGAGUAUAGACGGCAAGUUGAAGAGUCCGAUGGUUUCGAUGUUGAUUGCUUUAGAUAUGCUAUGCUUAGAUAUACAUAUGACGUCGAACUUUUUGGAAGAUUGGGACUUCACUGUUACAAUCUUCUUCACAAGGGAACCAACCUCAAACUCUUGUGCAUUCCCAAGUACAACACUCUGGACAUUGCGUUAACUUGUGGGUACUACCUAACGUUGGAGGCAAUGGACACACACAACAACUCUCCAUGCACUUUUCAAACGUACGUACGUGAGGUGGGUCAAACUUCGGAACAUGGAUACCUUGUCGUACAGACAAAUAUUGCCAGAUUAAAAGUUCCUACUGGCCCUCAUAAUACUUCUAUUGGACGUGGGUGGAUAUGGGGAUGGGAAGAGGAGGCCAUCGAUGUUUACUACAAAGGUAAACUGCCUAAGUGGUUGACAAACGAUAUGCUGGCUGCAGCCAAGGAUGAAUACUAUGUGGUGCAAGAAUCAGAAUUUCUAGAAAAUGAGUGGCUUCAUCUGUAUGCUGAGAUUGCAUUGUACUCGAACUGGAAAUGGCAUGCGAGCUCGCUGGUGAGGAGUUUUCUACCAUUAAAGAUCAAGUAUGUAAUUGUACAGACUCGGAAAAGCUGUGAAGAGUCGCCGCACCUGAAGCUCAAGGCCGACAAUGCUAUCUUCUACAUGAGUUUCAAGGGCAGUGGUGAUCAUCCGAGUGGUAAGCAUUACGAGUACCAAGCAAUAGUACGGAAAACCAUGGAUGGAAAACCGGGACACAUUCGUCUAGAAGUUGACUCUUGGGAAGGCAUACCAAGCGAUCUGAUUGGGGAGGAUAAACCGCCCUAGAGUGAACCUGAACCGGAAUGCUCAUCCUCUGCUGCUCAAUAAAAAGUUACCGUAGGGUUGACUUCAAGUCCUUUGAUGACGAUUAUUCUGUGAUUACAAGUAUCUUCUUCUUCCUCUCUUUAAAGCUUUUCUUCUACUUGUGAUUACUUGUUCUCAAUAUUCUGAUAUCAAUCA